AUGGGAGGCAGCAUCACGAACCACACCCUGCUGCCCCUCGUCAAGCUGGGGAUCGCGCGCAAAAACAGGUCGGCGCUACAGUCCGACAUGCAGCUGGUCAAGCACAGUCGCGAGGAGCGAGAGGCACUCCCCAACGUCCGACAGGCGCCGCUCCCACCGGACAAGGGGCCGUCCAGGUAUCCCGCUCAAGCCACCACUCCCCCGGCGGGUCAGGAGCAUCACCCGGAAUACCAGGAGAAGGAGAGCGGCGACGACACCGGGGCACCUGUGGCGGAUGCGGCGGGAGGAGAGGACGCUGUCGCUGCGCCCCCUGGUCCCCUGCACCGACCAGAGGGGCAGCAGAAACCACAGGAACCGUUGGAGGAUCCGUGUGCGGCUGAGAAGGAGGCAACGGCGGGAUCGGCACAGCGGGGGCCAGCGGAGGAGGAGGAACCGAGACCCCCGCGGCAGGUUGAGGCAGGGGAGCAACCGGGGACGACGUGGACGGCGCCUGCUGCGGCUGAGGGGCCAGAAGGGAGGCCCACGUCGGCGGCUGCGGCGGCACGCAACUCGGGCCGGAAGACACAGACGGCACCAUCGACAACGCCACGGGCGGCGCCACCGACGGGGAAGGCAACUGGGCCGCCGGCGCGGACAAAGGCUGCUGCUGCGACGAAGAAGAGGCCAGCGACGGCAACGGUUGAGGUGGCGGAGGCUGCGCCGGUGGCUGCGAGUGAGGCGCCAUUGGCGCCUGAGACUGCUGAGCCUGAACCAGGGAUCGCGCCGACCGUGGGGCAAGAGACGGAGACGGCCGGGGAGGGCGGCGGCGGCGGAAGGACUGACCCCGGGCCCUUAGAUGUGGAUGAGUCCGCCCGCGGGGAGACCGAUAAAUCAGCUCACGAGGUGCAGACGAACCGACGCGUGCCUAAGAAGAGCCGCCGCCAGAAGCCACGGCCGCAACAGCAUCAGCGGCGGCUCGGAGAAGGGCUGGCACCUGCCCGACCUGGGCCCCUCGUGGGUUGGGCGCAUCAGGAAAACCCGCCCAUGGCAGUCGCCGAGGCGGAGGGCGGCGCCGACCAGUUAUCACCGCGCCUGGAGAGGGCGACAGAGACGGCGGAAGACGAAGCGGAGGCGCAGGAGGAGAGGGAGAGCGCGGCUGAAGACGCAGAGGAGAGAAGGGCCGCGGCCAGACGCGGCCGCCACCAAGGGGGAACGAGCCGGCAGCAGGCCUUGCAGGAGCAGGCCAACCGGAGAGCUGAAGGUCGACCGCCGCAAAUCGCGGCGCUGGGAGCAGCAGCGAGAGGAGCGCGAGGGAGGGGCCGAGGCAGGGAGGGAGGCCUAGGAAACUUGGUACGAGCGGUAGCAAGGGAAAAGGCCAGAUCGGGAGACAGGCGGGAAAGACACGGAAGGCCAGAGCGGACUGGCACAAGACAGAACGCUCACCCAACGACGGGUGAGGAUGAAGGAAGCGAUGGGGAAUAUAUCGAGUCGGAGGAGGGAGAUUCAGAAGAUAUCUCCCUCGAGGCAGAAGAGGGGAUCCUGAACACCGGCGCAAUCCAGGGACAGAGGAGUGCGCGUAAUGCACAACCAGCCCAGGCGGCUGAAUCAAGCGCACAGGUUGGCGCGAGGGCAGCGAAUCGGGAGCGCUCAGCAUCGGAUAUCGCGGAGGACGAGGCCACAAGGUAG